AUGGAGAAUCUUCCCUCUCUUCUGGAAAGCAUUUACACCACAUGGCUGAGCCUCAGCUCCACAAUAUGGGCAAUGGACAUGAUCCUUGCCUUUGUGUGUGGACUGGGGCUCUACCUCCUGUUACUUCCUUUUCUUGAGAGUCAUCUGUCUUCACCUCCAUCAAAUAUAAAGUUCACCAGGAAGCCUCAGAUACAGAUGACCUGGCAGAGCCAGUACAAAAAAAAGUUUAAGAAUCAUUGUAGGACUGAUGCAAAAGCUUGGGGAGAAUGCCUGAAAAAGCUGAAAGAAAAAGAAAAGGAUGAAUUAUUUCUAGAAGAAAUGAGCCCAGGACACCAUUUGAACUCUUUAGGGAAUAUAUUUAACUCACGAAGUGCUAAACAAGACAGAACUACCUUGUUACCCUUCUGGAACCUGAAAGAAAAAUCAGAAGAGCAGAUGGCUACUCAGAAAAUAUCUUAUCCCAAGAUCUCAGGGGACCAUUUUCAACAGAAAUAUGACCAGCUUUUCUGGGGUCUCCCUUCUCUCCACAGUGAGUCUCUGGUAGCUGCUGCCUGGAUCCCUCAGACAACGUCAACUCUCCCUUCUCCCUUUUUCUUAUUCAAUGUCAUCCCAAGUGUUUAUCCAAUUCAACUGCAGGAUAAAAUGUCUCCAAUGCUUCCCCAUACACAUCCUCUGUCCUAUCUGGACCUCCAACAUCCACCUUUAAUUCUAUCUCCAAUUGAAUUCCAGCCCCCAGUUUUGAAUCAAGUUCAUUUUCAAUCCCCUCUCCCAGUCCUACUACCCUCUUCUCUACCCUAUAAUAGGGGUUUUGGUACAUCUUAUUCUCAAUCACAAAGUAAGCCACAAUACCUCCCAGCUGAAAUAAAAUACACAGAAAGGCCCUUACUGAAAAAACAACUAGAAAAUAGAUUGACUUUACCCUUGAUGAUCCAGAAACCUCAAGAAGCCUAUGACAUUUUGGACCCCAACCCUUCCCAAGACUGGGCAGUCUCUAUCCUUCCUGAAAAUUUUCCCAUCAGCUGUGAGCUCCGGGAGAAACUGGAGCAGCACAUUCAAAGGUGGCUCAUUCAACAUCAAUGGAAUUUUUCUCAUAGGAUCCAAGACUCUAAGGGGAUGAUGGCACCUCAGAACACAGUAACAGGAAAACCUGGCACCUCACAAGCCCUUGUGUCUACUGGUGAACACAGCAAGGAGGGCCAGAAGGUGAAAUUCCCUCUAGAAAAGGAAUCUGGCAAGAAUCUGGGACCUAUUCUAGGAAAGAUCUCAAAAGAUCCAAUCAGGGGCUUGGAAAAAACUAUAUGCUUGAAGAAUUUAGAUAACAACUUGAAACUUCAUUUGGGUACAAAGUCAGGGCAGAUAAAUCACGGUCUGACCCCUCUGAGUAUGCGACGAUCCUGGCUUGCUGUGGACAAUAGUUUCUAUGAGACUGACAACCAUAUGGAAAAGAGAAAUUUUCCAGCCUUAAAGAGUUCAGAAAAGUCCACGUGCUCUUCAGAGAAGCUUGCCUUUCUCAAUCCAGAAACUCGACAGACUCUGGAGGCACAUGUUGUAAGGUUUUGGGCGAAGCACAGGUGGGGUCUACCCCUUAAAAUACUCAAGCCCAUAAAGCUCUUUAAGUUAAAAAGUAUUGAGUCCUUGCCUGUUACACUCUGUGCCCAGACUUCCUCAACCACUUCAAUACAUAGGACCAGUUCAGCAGUUGAGGUAGUCGGAUUCCUAGGAAAACCAUGCUUGAGACAGAUGAUAAUUACAGAUUCUUCUCCAUCAUCAGAGAAUCUUCUCCUUGUCUCAUCUCCUUCCUGUAAGAGGGCCAUGAGAAGGCUUCCCUCUGGUGUUGACCAUGAGUCUUAUACAGCCCUGCCAGCCAAACCAGAGAGGGGGCAUCUUUCAGAAACUCUCACUUACAACUUCAUGGAUGUACCCUCACAGAGUACGGGUAUUUUAAAGAGAGAGAUAGGGAACCGAGAAGUCCUUUUACUGCCUAGAAGGACUAAUGCCCAAAAUUCAGAGGCACACACCCUUCAGGCAAAAGUUGUUAGUGAGUUUCCACAUAAUGUGAAGACAGAAUUAGCAGGCCAGCCACAAAUCUAUACCACUGCUGUGCUCCUUCCAAAACGUUCCAGGAGCAUGCUUCUUCCUGUAGACACUUUGACUUCACAUGUAUUAGGUGACAUUGUGGUAGUAGACAGGGGCAAUGGCCUGGUGCAGCAGAGACCCAGUACUCCAAAGCAUCAAGUCUCACAGAAGAGUCAAAUCAAGAUGUUGACCCCUACUUAUCAAGGAGAAAACACUAAGAGACAAAGUGAAAGAAAGUAUGAAGACAGGCUUAAGUUCACCCCAGUCAAGGAGAAAAAAGUCAACUUUGGAGGCCAAUACUAUCAGCCCCUUCCAAAAACCACACAGGUGCUUCUAGAGAACCCCUCCCAAAGACGUGUGGGCCGCUUUCUACAGUGGAUUCACCCCAAGAAAAGAAUCAAAGGGCAGGAAUUUCAUCCCCUUGCAGCAGCCACUGCCCAGAAUCAACGAAGGCAAGUGAGAAAAAAACCAUAUAUGGACAACAAUGUUGCUGAGGCCCAGAAACUUAUGACAGCUGUUGGACAGAUGUUAGAAAAGAAAAUGAAGCUACAACAUCAACUCUGUGCUUCAAAGUUCAACCAGCACAGAGAAGUUCCUCCAGCCCCCAUUUCUCGGUUUUCCCAUGGCCACAUGCCAGUCUCCUAUUUAGAGCAAAGGAAAGGAGCCAGUUACCCGAGCAAUUCCUCAUGUCAGAGGUGUUCUAUACAGGACAGGCACAUCAGAAGCCAACUGCCUCAGAAAAGUGUACAAUUUAGCAAGAAACCACAGAUCCCACGGAACCCCAGAUACUUGUCCCCCAAUGCAGCUUUGAACAUAGUGAAUUCUUCCCAGAAUAGAAGAGUAGUGCCAGGAAUCCCAAAUCACCAUCUUUAUUGUCCUAGGCACUGUGCCUUCCAGAGAAAUGUCUGUAGAGAUCUAGGACAUUCCUCUGUAGUUUUUCCUAAUAGGAAAACAUAA